AUGGUCGACCUGCACAAGGGCCAUAAGAGUCGCAAAGCGCAAUAUUUUCAAUGUUUGCGCGAAGCUGUGCUCGAUGCACAGGCAGGAUCCGAAUACAGCAGUAGUCAGGGACCUACCCCAGCGGCAGCAAAGGCUGGAGGAGCAGCCCCUGAUGUUCUGGCGCCAUUCGUGACGGAAUUGGAUCGCUUGUCGCCGUAUUUCGACAUACAAGGGGAUCAAGUAGAGAUCAUCCAGACGCCGGCCGAGUUCUAUAGCACGCUCAAGGAUCGUAUUCGCCAUGCGAAGAAGCGUAUUUUCCUGUCGACGCUAUACAUUGGAAAGAAGGAGCUCGAACUCAUCACCACUCUUCGUGAUGCGCUCCGUCGGAACCCUAACCUCAAGCUCAGCAUCUUGACCGAUGCCCUCCGAGGCACACGCGAGGCGCCCAGAGCAUCAUGCGCGUCCCUCCUCGCACCUCUUGUCGACGAGUUCGGGGAGGACAGGGUCGAAAUCAGGAUGUACCACACGCCGAACCUGACGGGGCUGCGCAAAAAGGUCGUGCCCAAGAGGAUCAACGAGGGCUGGGGCUUGCAGCACAUGAAGCUCUACGGAGUCGACGACGAGAUCAUCAUGUCAGGGGCCAACCUGUCGGACGACUACUUUACGAAUCGCCAAGAUCGAUACCACCUCUUCUCCUCCGCGGAGAUUACCGGCCACUUCUGGCGGAUUCACGAGGCCGCCAGCCACUUCAGCUUCAAGGUCACUCCCUCGAACGAACAGCCUUCGGGCUUCACGCUGGACUGGCCCGCGACCAACUCGGCGCCCUCACCAUUGGCCGACCCCAAAGCAUUUGUCGAGAGCACCACGGCGACGCUCAAGCCUCUCAUUCAACCUACCGCGGGAGCCGUCAAAGGUACAAGUCAAGUGGCCGAUACGCGAGUGUACAUGCUGGCGCAAAUGUCGCAAGUCAUGAAACCAGACGUGUCUACUGAGCUCCCCUCCAUCACACAUAUUCUCAAGACCCUAGCUGAGCCGAUGUAUCGUGACUCGUCCUGGACAUUCACGGCUGGCUAUUUCAAUCCCGCCCCGUCACUGACGAAGCUGCUCCUGAACACGGCCUCCUCUGCGCGCACCAACACCGUCAUCACCGCCGCGCCCGAAGCCAAUGGAUUUUACAAAUCUCCCGGUGUAUCGGGACUGUUACCGGACGCGUACACGCUGCUGGCUAGGCGCUUUCUCACGGCCGUGCAGAGCAAUGACCGUGAGAAUGAUAUCUCGCUCAAGGAAUGGCGCAAGGGCACCGUCGGUCAGCCCGGUGGCUGGACGUAUCACGCCAAAGGUCUAUGGGUCACGCUUCCGGGUGACGAGAACCCGGCCAUGUGUGUCGUCGGCAGCUCCAACUACACCAAGCGGAGCUACUCGCUCGAUCUGGAGGUCGGCGCUCUUGUCGUGACGCGCAGCGAGCAGCUGAAGAAGAGGUUGGGCGAGGAGCAGAAGUGGCUGCAGGGUCACACCAAGGCCGUGACGCAAGAUGAUUUCGCGCAGAAUGACAGGAGAGUCGGCAUGCAUGUCCGCAUCGCCAUGUGGAUUGUACGAGCUGUCGGAGGCCAGCUGUAA